GGGACUGAGUCACUUCGAAUUCAGUAUUCAGUAUUUAGCUUUGCGUUCUCCAUUUGAACUGAGCUCCCAAUUGAUGUUGAUUUCCUUCCAGUACCACCCAACAUCAUGGCCGCAGUUUUACGCUCACCAGCUACACAGUCACCUGUCCUCGCAGCCCAACACCUGCCACCCUCAUCAACCUCGAGAGCAAGUAACUCUUCUUGCUCGCACGCGCAUAGCGCCAGCAUCCCAAUGCGUCGCAUUAGAUUCGCACCCCUCCCUGAGCCCACUGCUCAAGUUGACGAUUUGGAACAAAAUGCCAUCAUGGACACCCACUCACGCACACUCUCUCCACUGUCCUCCAACACCAUCAACGUCCAACACAGUGCACCCUCCAAUCCAAAACCAAAGUCAUCCCUUUCUCGCCAAUUCAACUUGUUCAAACGCUCUUCCACUGACCCAACCCCCCAUCCUCCUCAACCACAUGACUUCAGUGCCCCACUCUCCCGAUCCGCAUCCAUUCCCUCUAAUGACAGUCAAUCAAGAUGUCUCUCCACCGCCCCCUCUCCAUCUAGCUCUCAAACUCGUCCUUCCAAUUCCUUUACCUCAAAUGGCGACCACCAUGCAAUGCCAAAAAAUCACUUCCCCAGUCCUCCCACCCCACCUCCCCUCCAACACGCCCAAAAGUCCCUACAGAUGGUAGGCACAUGCUCAACGGACGAGUCUACCGUUCAAAACGCCAACCACUCACAAACCUCUUUGCAAAUGCGCACGAUGAACCCGAGUUUGUGGAAUGGGGGUACGGCGGCAUGGGCAGUGUCAGCUGCAGCAGCAAUUCAAAGUAUUCCGUCCUCGCCAAAGGCACCCCUGCCCUGCUUUCCCACGGUCACGCCCAGAACGUCGUCGGUGGGGGCCAUGAUGAUGCUGCGAGGCAAAAGAAAGAUGACGUGGGUGCAUCUGAUUCAGCAGGAGGCGAUGGUGAUGACUGGAGUGGCAUGGCAUGGGUUCGCAAACGACGACAAGAGAGAGAACGGCUCGCGAGGGGCAAUACGUGCUAGUGCAGAGCGGUGGAGUAGCAAGAGCAAGUGCAGGGAGGUGAAGCGCAAUAGGCCGAUCACCUCAGAGUAUCCACUGGAGUUACUAACCUAUAUCAUGAGAUUUACUAUUUAACAGGUCAUACUUGGAAAACGGCUCAAAAAGCCCAACUUACCUCGGGAUGAGGUUGUAGUCAUAGCAAAGGUCUGACCUGUGAUGCAUUUGUUGUUUAUGGAUCGUAAUGAAUACGUCUAUAUGUUAUUAGCCGCGGAACCCCGAA